AUGCCGUCCCGCCCUGAAGUUCUGGCAAUUAAUCUAAGGAACGUCAAGGAAAUAGGCUGCAAGGGUAAUCCCAAAAUGGGCACAACCGCUCGGCAAGCGCACGCACAGCACGCGUCCAGCACGUCCAGCACUCCCCAGGCCGUCCACACUCUCUGUGGCGCCGCCAUGGCACAGCCAUCUCCCAGCAGAGGCCAACAGGCCGACACUCGGUGUCUUGACACCGGCCGGACCAAGAAGCAGGCGCCGGUCGUACGGGUGGAGAUGCGCAAGGUGCUAGACUGUCAACGUGAUCGCCAAAUGGCGAAUUCAUAUCACUCAUUCAGAGACCUUGACCUGAUCAUCCCGCAGGCUAUGGAGUAG